AUGGAAAGUGCAGAUCCGGACAUUACAAUAUCAUCGAAAGCUGUUUUUUUCUUUCUCUUCAACUUGGUGGCUCAAGAUGGACAAGCGGACCAAAAGCAUAUCCCCAAACUAGUCGGUGAAGCAGCCGCCUUCGGUGGGUCAAACGUCGAGCCUUCGGUUCGUUCGUGCUUCGAGACCGUGCGUCUCUCCUCGUCCAUCUCCAUAGCUCCCUUCCUCGAAUGGCUCAAACAAGAACCACAAAGUGUUGUUUGGUUGCCGGUGAUGCAUCGGCUGGCCACGGCUGAGUUCGCAAAACACCAGGCAAAGUGCAAUGUGUGCAAAAUGUUCCCGAUUGUUGGACUGCGAUAUCGUUGUCUGCGCUGUUUCAACUUGGAUCUCUGCCAAAAU